UCUCUGCAACGAUGCUUCGGGGAGCCACGGUAUUUUCCAAACAGGAUUUGCGGUCCGCAUACUGGCAGAUACGAAUGGCGGACAAUUCCAUCCACAAAACUGCUUUCCGCACUGGGUACGGGUCAUACGAGUAUCUGGUAAUGUCGUUCGGACUCACCAACGCACUGGCAAGGUUCCAAGCUGAAAUGAACCAUAUUCUAUGCCCACUCUUAGACGAAUGUGUGGUGGUAUACCUGGACGCCAUCCUCAUCUACUUGCGCAACAUGCAGCAGCACGUCCAACACCUGCGACGCGUCUUUGGCAUUCUCCGACGAGAACGAUUCACGUCGACCCCAAGAAGGUCGAAGCCGUACGCACACAGAUGGACAGACCGAGCGCCUACACCAAAUUGUAGAGCAACUCCUUCGCGCAGCAUGCAAAGACAAAAUCUCCAAAUGGGACUUGCAUCUGCCCAUCCUGGAGUUUACCUACAACAACGCCACUCACGCCUCUACUGGACAGACGCCGUUCUUUCUCUGUUACGGAUGCCACCCGCUCACGCCCACAAAAAUCGACAGCAUCAGCCACA